AAACUUAAAUAAAUAAAAACUUAAAUAAAUAAAUAAAAAAUAAUAAUAAAUAAAUAAAUAAAAACUUAAAUAAAUAAAUAAAUAAAUAAAGCGCAACUAACCGGGUACAUCCGCCGGAAACACGUGACGGGUUGCUACAUUUAUUUAGGUCCCGCUUCGUGGAGAAACCCGUGAGCUCAAACUGGCAGCAGCUUCGCCUCUUGUAUUGUUUUGUUUUAUCUUCUAGCUGGUUGUCUCAGACGGUUUUAAAGAUGUCGAGCCGUCUUCCCUUUCACUCGCAGCUCUCCUCCAUCCUGGAGACGAUGGCCCGGUCCGCUCUGAGUCAGAUCUGCAAGCUGGUGGACGAGGACUCUGCGGAGCUCCGGCUGGGUCUGUCUCAGCUCCUCGGUGCUAACUCCGCUCUGGAGGAGCAGCUGACCGGUCUGGAGAGCGAGCUGGCGGCCACCGGGAGAAGCGACGAGCCGCCCGGGUCGUUGUGUAAAAGUUAUCGCAGCGUAGGUGUACAAACUGUCUGCCACAGAGACGGGGACGCUCAUGUGUCUGGGUCGCCCACCAUAGAGGGGAUCUUUGGAAAAGACUGGUGCAUGAAUCUGUGGAAAGACAGAGACCCUUAUAGUCUGCAGAGAGACUCCCCACAGUCCUCUGAGGAGUAUGUGGCGACGCUGUCCAACCAAAUCACUGUGACUGAGAUCAAAGAGGAGGAUGUGGAGGACGUGACUAGCAGCUUCCAGCAGGAAACACUCAGUACGGAAGAACAUGAAGAAAGCAUGGCUGAGGAGCCAGAGCUACUGUCAGUUGGUUACUCGGCCGAUGGCAGCGCUUGCAGCCUGUCAGUUUAUCAGGCUGGAGAACCGGUUGUGUGUGCAGGUGGUGUUGAAGAACCGACCGUGCAGCUGAUAUCCAUUAGUGACACAGAGGAGGCCUUCAGCACUCACAUCAUUCCAAUUGAAGAGGAGGAGGAGGAUGACUAUGAUUUACAAUUCGUUGAAGAAAGUCAUCAAGAGCCACUGAUGAACUCUGCAGGUGGACCCAGCUACGACAAACAGCACACUUUAUCAGCAGACGACUGUGAAAACAGCACUGCUCUGGAGAAAGAUUCACACUUUAAUAUGCUUAAUGUAGAAACCGCCAGAGAUCCAGACAAAAACAAGUUCACUUGUCAAAUAUGUGACCGGACGUUCUUCCACAAGGGCACUCUAACGCUACACAUGAAGUCACACAAGUCCAACUUUUGCCACAUUUGUAAGCAACAUUUUCAUUACAAGAACAAGUUCAAGUCUCACACCUGCGUGCCUCAAGUCCCCUCUCAGACAGACAGUAAGUCAUGUGAGGUCUGCGGGAAGACCUUCGCAAACCCAUCGGCUCUGAGGAUUCACUACCUCAUCCACACGGGAGAGAAACCACACACGUGCGGCCUAUGUGGGAAAGGGUUCAGCCAGAAAGGCAAUCUGAAGUGUCACCUCCGUAUCCAUACUGGAGAGAGACCGUACCGCUGUGGUAAAUGUGGGAAGACGUUCACGCAAAAGGUCAACCUCAACCAUCAUUUACUGGCACACAGAAACAAUGAGAUCCCAUAGUUAGGAGACACCUUAAAGGUUUAAAGGGUAACUUUGGUAUUUUUCAACCUGGACCUUAUGUUCCCAUGUUGUGGUGACUAAUAGGGACAACAUUUCUGAAAUUGGUCCAGUAUUGAGGGAGAGCACUGUAGACGGCAGCUGCUC